AUGAUCUUGCACGGCCUCGGAAAAUCUAGUGGCCCUCUUUCUGUCAUCAACCAUGCCAUCCAUCGCACUUCCGGAAAACCGUUUGCCAUCAAGACGAUCGACCUCCAAAAAUAUGAGCAGAGCACGGGAUUGUCGAGGGCCGCCAUCGAGGAGGAGAUGGAGCUGUGCGCCACUCUCAAGCACCCGUUCAUCUGCGACCACCUCUCCCACCUCGUCUUUGAACACUUGGAUGGGGCGGAUAUCUGCUUUGAAAUUGUGAAACGAGCGUGUAAUGGAUUUGUAUAUUCGGAAGCUGUGGCCAGUCACUACCUCAAGCAACUCCUUCAAGCCCUCGAGUACCUACACUCUAACUCAAUUGUCCAUCGAGAUGUGCGCCCGCACAAUUUGGUGUUGGCAAGCAAAGACAACAGCGCCCCCGUCAAAUUGACCGGCUUCGGCGUCGCCAUCAAGUUGCAAGAUACAGAUGCAAAAGUAGAUGGAGGCCUCGUCGGUGUUCCCCACUUCAUGGCCCCCGAAGUCGUCGAGAAACGGGAAUACGGUACGAAGGCGGAUACGUGGAGUGCUGGUGUUCUUCUCUACCUCCUCCUCUCGGGUCGUCUACCCUUCAGCGGCAACAAUGAACAAAUCUAUGAGGCUAUACAAAAUGGGAGGUAUUCGGUUAGCGGCGGAAUCUGGAACUUCAUCUCCAACUCGGCGAAAGAUCUGUUAAUACGAUUGUUGAAUCGUGACGAAGAGCAGCGAUUUUCGGCCACUGAAGCUUUGCAACACGAUUGGUUGCGGGACAAGGAAGCCUACGCCCCGCGUCGCCAUCUCCAGGAAACGGUCGAUCACAUCAAGCGUUACAACGCGAGGCGGAAAUUGAAGAGCACCAUCUUGGCGGCCGUCAACACCGACAAGUGGUCAAAAUUUCCCGGAACCAAUGGAGGGCUGUCGGCGUCGAGUUCGACGUUUUUCUCGGGUGACCUGCCCGGCGGCGAUUCGUGCCAUCCAGAUGGCUGUACAAAAGCCUCACAACCAGCAGCAGCGGAUUUGAGGGGAGCUCAUCAGAUCCUGGAAUCGCUCGACCGGAUCGCCGUCCUAACCGACUCGCCCGUGCUCCCGCAGCUCGUCCAGGGGCAGCUGAUGGAGGACGGGUCUUUUAGGAAGCUGCUGCAGUUGUAUGAAAAGAUCUCACAACUCCAAUCGCGGCCCGUCGUCUGCGGGGAGGAUGCGUCGAUUUUAUCCAAAGAAACCGUCUCCUACAUCGAAACGUUGCUCUCGCCCAGCCCGGAGUCUCUAGAAUUGCGGCAGCUUCUUCAGUACACUGAUGUCGCGGCCUCACUGCAAGCCCUCGACGUUGUCGUGGAAGAGGUGUACGGCGCAGAACGCGAUUACAAUGGCCCAGGGACGAGCCAGGAGCAUCAGCUUCUAGAUCAGCAGCCCUCCACGAGCGCAGCCUGUGCUCCUGGUGCCUCGCAAGACGCCUGCCGGUCGAUGUCUUCGAGUGCUCAACGAGCCGGCACCAGCCAUGAGGACUAUCUGCCCACGUCGUUUACAGGCGAUGACGACGAUGAUAUUCUGAUGGACUCUGUCUCGAGAGUACGCCUCGUCCAAUUCCAAAAAGACUCGGAAGAGCCGAUGGGCAUCACGUUAAAAGUCACCGAAGAAGGUCGUUGUUUCGUGGCGCGAAUCAUGCACGGCGGGAUGAUACAUCGGCAAGCUACCCUACAUGUCGGCGAUGAGAUCCGAGAAAUCAACGGUGUCUCCGUGGCCCAUCGAUCUGUUGAGAGUUUGCAGCAAAUGUUGAGGGACGCUCGAGGACAAGUAACCUUCAAAAUCGUGCCUUCCUACCGCUCGGCCCCACCCGCCUGUGAAAUCUUCGUGCGAGCCCAAUUCGACUACGAGCCUGGCCAGGACGACUUGAUACCCUGUCCCCAAGCGGGGAUGGCUUUUAAGACGGGCGAUAUUUUGCAGGUAAUCUCCAAGGACGACCACAACUGGUGGCAGGCGCGAUUCAUCUCCGGGUUUCCCGGACUUGGCAAUCCGAAUAAGGAGGCGCAAACAACAGCCGGCUUGAUCCCCAGUCCAGAGCUCCAGGAAUGGCGAACGGCUUGUUUGGCGAUGGAACGGGCGAAGGAUACUUGCCUCCCCGCCCACUGUAUGUGGUUCAACAAGAAAAAGAAGUACUACUCCACCAAGUACCUCCAGAAACAUUCGACUCUGUUUGACCAGCUGGACUUGGUGACGUACGAGGAGGUAAUGCGAUUAUCACAAUACCGCCGGAAAACCUUGGUACUCCUCGGUGCCCAUGGCGUCGGUCGGAGACACAUCAAAAACACCCUCAUCCAUCGGCAUCCCCAGCGAUUUGCGUAUCCGAUACCACAUACUACAAGACAACCUCGAAAAGAUGAACUGGACGGCAAGCACUACUUCUUCGUCUCCAACGAGCAGAUGAUGGUCGACAUACAGAAUAAUGAAUAUUUGGAGUAUGGCACCCACGAGGAGAGCAUGUACGGCACGAAACUCGAGACGAUCCGGAAUAUCCAUAAGAGCGGAAAAGUGGCAAUAUUGGACGUGGAGCCACAAGCCCUGAAAGUCCUCCGAACCGCCGAAUACUCGCCAUUCGUCGUCUUCAUCGCCGCGCCGAAUUUGCAAGGGUUGCAAGAUCCCGACGGCUCCCUUGAACGCCUCCUGAAAGAAUCCGAAAUCCUCCGCCAAGCCUUCGGCCACCUGUUCGACUACGUGAUCGUCAACAACGACAUCGACGAGACGAUCGCGCAGCUUGAGCGCCUUGUCGAGAAGCUGAACGUCAGCCCGCAGUGGCUGCCCGUCAGUUGGGUGUAC